CUCUCUCUCUCUCUCUCUCUCGCACUCAUAGGAUUUCUGUACAUUGAAGUUUCUCUUCCCUUUUCUUGCAUUUAAACCAGUCACAUUCGUUACAACCAGAAUGCAGUACAAAUUCUUCGCCAGCGCUGCUCUCGCAGCUGCAGCUUUCGCUCAAGUCGAUGGCACCGCUGAGCAAUCCUCUCAAGCAGCUGAACUUCUCUCCGUCGUCAGCGUCCUCCAAACAGCCCUCCCCUCCUCUCUAAUCCAAGAAGCCCUCACCAACUCCGCCGGCGUCUCGAGCGAACUCGCAUCGGAAUUCGCAGCCGGCCAAACACCUUCUUGGUUCACAGCUUUGCCCUCAGACGUCCAGACGUACCUCGUCCCAGCUAUCGUCGACGCCACAGCUGUCACUUCUGCUUCUGGCGCUCCGCACCCUUCGGCAAACUCUACGUCUGGUAACACGACGUCUAUCAUUCUUACUACCAGGGUGACUUCUUCUUCUUCUUCUUCUUCAUCUGAAACGGGCGCUAGCGCGACUGGAAGCUCGAGUGAUUCUUCGUCUUCUUCUUCGGAGGCGGGGGCUAUGCCGACUGCUGUUCUCGGUGCUGGGCUUGCUGGGGCUGUGGGUAUUGUUGGUCUUCUCGCUUUGUAGGCCCGGCAUGAUCCUUGGUGAUAUGAGGUCGUGAUAAGGGGUAUAGAUUUGUGCAUGGAUUGCGAGGUUCCAAGAUUCAAGAUUUUUGGUCUGUGACAUGUUUGAUAGAUGGUUGUGUAUACACCGGGAUAAGCUUCUCAUGAGGUGCCAGAGACACUACUUCUGACGAAUGGAAAUGCAAUUUUGUUGCCUG